AUGACAGGAUCAAGUGCCUCUGAGGUCAUCUUCAUCUCUGUCAAUCACAACCUCACCUUGAUGGGGAAGGUGUGGUUCAUUGUGAUGAUCUUCCUCCGUGUCCUGAUCCUCCUCUUCGCUGGUUAUCCUCUCUACCAGGAUGAGCAGGAGCGAUUUGUGUGCAACACCCUUCAGCCCGGCUGUGCCAACGUGUGUUAUGAUCUGUUUUCUCCCGUCUCUCUCUUCCGCUUCUGGCUGGUGCAGCUCAUCACCUUGUGUGUGCCCUACUUCAUUUUUAUCAUCUACGUAGUCCAUAAGGUCUCGAAUGGCCUCACUGUGGACCGGAUCUCCUCGGGUCACAUCAAAGCUUUGCCGUUGUUCAAGAACCACCAGGAGUCGUUCAGCAAGACAUCUGUAAACAUGAUGGCUGAGCAAGCGUGGGCCAUGCGCUUCACAGGAGCAUAUAUCCUCCAACUGUUGUUCAGAACAUUGCUGGAAGCAGGGUUUGGGGCAGCUCACUACUACCUGUUUGGUUUCUACAUCCCCAGGAGGUUCCUGUGCCAACAAUCACCGUGCACCACCCAGGUGGACUGCUACAUCUCCAGGCCCACUGAGAAGACCGUGAUGCUCAACUUCAUGCUCGGUGUGGCUGCUCUUUCCCUUUUCCUAAACGUGCUGGAUUUCAUCUGCGCCAUCAAACGCUCCGUGCGGCAGAAGAUCAAGAGAAAGAUUAUUGUGGAGAAGAUUUAUGAAGAAGAGCAGUGUUUCCUUUCAGGCAGUGGAGCCACCAGAGUUAUAGACCCAAACGCCUCCCUGGCUCAGCAGGAUCAAGAGACUGAGGCUGGUCCCACAGGGAGUUUCCGAAAGAGGGGAGGCAGCAAGGGAUCCUGCGCAGGGGGAGUGCUUGCUUUAGGUCAGGAACCCGCCUGCCUGGAGCGUGCCUCUCUUUCACACUACCCAGGCUGCAACACCAACGGAAACAACGGCUACUUUGUUACCCAGGAGGAGGCUCUGGAAAGGAACGGCAGUGAGGUGGCUCUAUGCCCCCCAGAGCCACUGGGGACACCUAGAUCCAUUCGUGUUAGCAAACGCAACCGAUUAAAACCGCCACCUCCACCAAGAAGGGAUUUGGGGUCUUCCUCCAGGGAGGCAGCAAGGCCCUUUGGGGACGUUUCCACAGCAACAGCAAUUUGUACCAGAAGGAUGGGUCAGUACACGCUGGUUGAGCUGGCUAGCGGCACAGAGCUACAGACCAAUGAUGAUGGGCAAGAGAAAAGAUCAGAGUGGGUGUGA